AUGGUCUACAUAGCCCUCCUCGGCAUCGGCAAGGGCGUGUGCAGCGCGUCGCCGCGGCAGCCACGAGACUGUCCUGAUAAGUGUGGGGACGUAACAGUCCCCUACCCAUUCGGCAUCGGCUCCGAAUGUUCGCUGCCCAACUUCCACCUCAACUGCAGCGAGGGGAUACUGCUCACAGUCACAGGCAACGUCCGGAUCGACAACAUCACGCUGGAGACGGCGCAGAUGGUCGCCUAUACCCAGUUAACAUACGUCUGCGACAUGGCAGAGGAGAGUACACAGCGCAUGUCCGUCAACUUGGCAGGUAGCCCAUUCCUGCUGUCGCCGGUGGCCAACGUCUUCACAGCAGUCGGCUGCAGCCAAGGUUUUGGUUACCGAAUGAGCUCGGUGGCGAGGAUCAGUGGCAGCAGUACUGGCGGUCGGUACCUUGCUGGGUGCAUCACAACCUGCGCCAGCGUGAACCAAUCCGCGGAAGACGGCGCGCCGUGCAGUGGCCAAGGCUGCUGCGAGGCCUCGCUUCCGACCGGCCUCAACUAUGUUUCUGUGUUCUGGAACAAGAACAACAGUCCGGACAAGCCGUCCAACAGAUGUGAGUAUGCCUUCGUGGCCCAGAAAGGCAGGUACAAUUUUAGCCGAGCAGACCUCGUUGGGGAGACUUUAGCCCAAAAAUAUGGCAAUACAAAGGUCUUCCCACUUGUUCUUGAUUGGGCUAUUGGUAGGAACGAGAAAGUGACAUGUCCACCGCCACUGAAGGAUGGCGACAAUGAAAAGUUGUACUUCCCCUAUGGAGUAUGCAUUAGCACUCACAGCCAUUGUGUUAAUGCAAGUAAUGUCACACCAGGCUAUUUCUGCAGAUGUAACAAGGGAUAUGCCGGAAAUCCUUACAAAGAAAACGGUUGCACAUAUAUCAAUGAGUGUGAUUUGACAAAGUACAAAGACGUCUAUCGUUGCCAUGGUGGGACAUGCCAUGAUUCAGAAGGUAACUAUGAAUGCAAUUGCAAUUUUGGACGAAGAGGUGACGGUAAAAGCGACAAAGGCUGUGAACCUGUAUUAUCCCCGGCUGCAAUUGCAGUGAUAGGAACAAUUAGUGCCAUGUCCAUAUCAGCAGUACUCCUGAUAUUCUUUCACAUGGAGCAUGAGAAAAGGAAGCUUAGGGAUCAUUUCAACAAGAAUGGUGGAAAAUUACUAAAAAGCAUCAAAAUCAAGAUUUUCAGAAAGGAGGAUCUAGACAAAAUAACCAAGAACUAUAGUACUAUAAUAGGCAAAGGUGCUUUCGGUGAGGUCUACAAGGGAACUACGUGUGAAUACAUACAAGUUGCUGUCAAACGCUCCAUUGCAAUCAACAAGGACCGCCAAAAGGAUUUUGCUAAUGAGAUACAAAUUCAGUCGCAAAUAAGUCAUAAGUAUGUGGUCCAACUGUUGGGGUGUUGCUUGGAAGCAGAAGUUCCUAUGUUGGUCUACGAGUUCGUGCCAAGGGGUAGCCUCUAUGACGUUCUUCAUGGCAAGAAUGGCAAUAUGCGAAGAGAACCUAUCUCCCUACGAGCACGCCUCGACAUUGCCAUUUGCUCUGCUGAUGCCCUUGCAUACAUGCAUUCGCAGGCGAGCCAGAAGAUCCUACAUGGAGAUGUCAAAUCCGGAAACAUCCUCCUUGAUGAUGAGUUCAUGCCUAAGGUGUCGGACUUCGGUACGUCGAGGCUUAUGUCCAUUGAAAAGGACCACACCAAUUGGGUGAUCGGGGACAGUAGCUACAUUGACCCCGUGUAUAUGAAGACUGGACUCCUCACAGAGAAAAGCGAUGUGUACAGCUUCGGGAUCGUGCUACUGGAGCUCAUUACCCGGAAGAAGGCAAGGUAUGAUAGGAACAACAGUCUUCCACUAAACUAUAUCAAGGCUUUUACGGAAGGGGCUACAGGGCAGAUGUAUGAUAUCGAGAUUCUGUCCAGCGGGGAGGAUGUAAAGUGCCUCGGCGAGGUUGGACUGAUUGCGAUGCAAUGCCUCGAAGUUGAUGUGGAUGACAGACCGACGAUGACCGAAGUCGCAGAGAAGAUUAAAAGGUGUAAGAGUCGGUGGCUGCAAAGCCAUUGGCAUGGGAAGACCAAAGCAUUGUGA